AAUAAUUAUAAAAGUUAUGCAUGAAUGCGCGCCUAAAAGCUAAGAUAAAAAAUGUCUGCAGGAAACUCAUCUAUUUAAUCGUUUGCACGCCAUCGCCUCGUCUAAACAAAGACAUAAUAAACAAACUUGUUGCCAUCAUCAUGUCAAAGCAUUCUAAUAACGAACACUUACGUAAUGAUAUUUAUGAAAAUUUACCGUGCCAGGCCAUGUUUAAUGAGUCUGUGCGUAAAAUGCAGCAACAACAACAGCAACAGCAGCAACACAAAAUCCUUCUUACUCCGAAUAAUUUAACAAAUAAGGCUUUAUCUCAGCAACUUUUAAUCAAUAAUAUAAGUAAUCAAAGUGCUCAUAUAAAUUCGAAUUCGAAUACGAAUACAAAUUCUAAUCCCAUACCUAAUAAUAAAGAGCAAAGCAGUAAACAUUAUGUUGCGGGCAAUAUGUCUAAGGAAAUGAUUUAUGCUACACCAUUAAGAAAAUCGGAUCGUUAUAAAAGUAAUGAUCGCGGUCGCUUACUAAAUCCAAUGUCAAGAAAUCUCAUUGAAAAUACGGAAUCGGGUAAUGAUAUUAAAUUAAGUAAUGUCUUAGAUUAUAAACAAGUCAAUAAUAGUAGAGAUAGCAAUCGAUUGAACGGCCGUAACGGAAACAACGCGAUACCAAUUACUGAUCUCGAUGAAGAAUCUGAUGGUUGCAUUACUAAUGCCUUAUUUAAUAGUCAAGGUUUGCCAUUACCAAGCAGUGGCAGUACACCCAGUCAUCAAUUGGAAGAUCGUAGAAUUUUGAAUUUCCUUAAAGAUACAACACAACUGCAUAAGAAAAUGGAAAUAACUGGAAGAGAUUGUCCCAAUGCCAGCUUUUCUAAUUUGGCCAGAGAAGAACAUUUUGCCAAUUUGGUACAACAAAAUUUUCCACUUGAAAUAUCUCAAGCAAAUCCAUGCGUUCAAACGUCACAGCGUCAUAGCGUUGAUCCAGAGGACGAAAUGGAAGCAAUUCUUGAAAAUCAGCGCGAUCAAGGACCGGAAGAAACUGCUGAUAAUUUAGAAGUGUUUAUGCAAAAAAAAUUAUCACCUGAUAAGGAGGUGAACGGUUUUACUCCGCGCCGAGAAGAAUUGAUACAAAUAUCCGGAACGUAUUACAACAUUCAUCGCGAAUGGGUAUUGAAGAAGAUCGCGUUAUGUUUAGAGCAACGGAUUGGUGGCAAAAAAUCGAUUCCUGCUCUACUUGGCGGUGCCGGUGGAAAUAUGAAACCUGAAACCUUUAAUGCAGUCGGAGGUUUCAUAUCAGGCCGUUCGAAAGCGACCGCUAUAUCGAGUACCACUUAUAAUGGUUGUUUGGUGCUCGGCUCAAAUGGAUCUGGUAAAACGUCUAUUUGUGAGGCCAUUCUAAACGGCAACUCCGGUACCAAAGGAAUACUUAAUCGGAAAUUACUCGCUUGUUACCUUAUAGAAUCACAGAAUCCUGAAUGCCAUAGCUUAUCCCUAUUCAUACGGAAGAUUGUUUUACAGAUUCUAAGUCAUUCAUCUCUUAUUAAUAAGGACGAACCGCAAAGAAUUAUCGAUGAAGGUUUUUCAUUUUUACAGGACGAGGUUCAACAACAAGAAUCGAAACUUAACGAAGCAAUGAAUAAUAUCUCACUCGAUGAGAAUGCCGAGGAAAUUUUAAUAGCUGAAUUAAGAAGAGGUGCUAAAGAAUGUGAUACAUCCGAGCUGGAAAACUUUCAUGAAAAAAAAAUACCAACAUAUAGUAAAAAAUCGGAAAAUGUUGGUCUUAUGCGUCAAAAAUCGGAGCCAGCUCCAGAGCAAAUGAAUGCCAAAGAAGAACGACCAACCGAAACAUGUUACGGUACUCAUCCUCCAAAAACUAAGGCAUCUAAAAAUAAAAAUGAUGAUAAAGAUAAAGAUAAUAAUACUGAAAAGCAAAAAAUUGAUGAGAAAGAUAAGGAUAAAAAUGAAAGGGAAAUUCCAGUUUCAAGUAAAUCUAGUCCGAAUAAAAAAUCGAAAAUACCAGUUAAACUGGGAAGAGUAGGACCAGUGGCAUCACCAGUCAAAGUUGCCAAUAUAACACACAAUUCGCCCAAUUCUAUACAACAGGGGGGUGGAGAAGAUAUUGCCGAACUAAUCAAUGAAGAGCUUAAAACUGAAAUACAGUCGGCUAUUAAUAAAGAUACUCAAGACGAUAAAUUUGAGGUUAGUGAAUUUAAUUGCGAAAAACAAGACAAUGAAGACAAGCCAGAAGCUGAUAAAGAUUUUGAAAUUAAUUUGAAAAAACAAAAAGAGACAGCAAUUGAGGAGCUUAAAGAAAAGGAAGACAAUCUUAUAAAUUUCGAACAAAAUGUUAACUCGAAUACAUCUGAAAUUGCUUUGGCCUUUGAAAGUCAAAUAGAAAAAAAUUUUCCAAUGAAUCUAUCAACGAGCACUUUACCUCCCCCAUUACCGAAAACGAAAAGUUGCCGAACAAUUAUUGCAGAUGGUUAUUAUGAAAUGCUCCUUUCCAAUCCAGAGAUAUUUGAAUGCCUUAGUGUCGAUAAUAUUGAAAAGAAUCCCGAUGAAUGUUUUAAGAAGGCCUUACUAUUUCCUUUAUUAGAACUUACACCGCCGAAGACUGCUUUGCUUCUAUUAAUCGAUUCUAUCGAUGAAAAUUAUAUUAACGAAGGCAAUUUAAUAUCUACCCUGAAAGGUGGACGCGGUACAGCAACAACACAUAAAAGCCGUAAUGUAGCCGAACUUUUAUCAAAUCACAUACAUCUUUUUCCCAAAUGGCUAUUCCUCGUAUGCACUACAAAGAAACAAACAAAACAAAUUACAAGAAUGUUUACGGGUUUCAAGAAAAUCACAUUAGACGAUCUUCGCAAAUCGCAUGUUGUUAAAGAUGUACAGGAAUAUAUAAUAAAUCGAUUAAAUACCGAUUUCAAAGAUAGUAUUAUGCUUACCAAGGAAAUUAUCGAGUCUCUCCAUCAGUUAUAUAUCAAGUCAAACGGAUGUAUUCUAUAUUUGGAAAAAGUUUUGAACGGUAUUAAAGAGAAUUUUUUUAGUUUUCGUGAAAUCAAAUUAAUACCGUGCACGUUAAACGGUCUUUAUUUGUACAUCUGUCAAAAGUCAUUCAAUAAAAAGCAAUAUAUGAAAAUUAGGCCAGUGUUAAACAUUCUAUUGGCUUCGUCGGGUUAUGUCGAUAAAUUAUUUUUAUUCAAUUGCAUAAGAACUCACAAUUAUACGAUUGAUAACGAAGAAUUCGAGAAACGAUUACUAUUAAUGAAGAACAUUCUUCUUUAUGAUGACGAUCAGAAACGUUUAAAGAUAUUUCAUAAUUCAUUUUGUGAUUGGCUGGUGGAUGUGAAAUUUGCUACCAAAAAAUUCAUCUGUGAUGUGAACGAAGGUCACAUUAUGAUCUCUAUGUAUUAUUUAUUGGUAUCCGAAACGCUUUGCGCUAAUACCGUGCGCAAAUUUGUCUAUCAUCUAAUCAAAUCGGGUGAAUAUUUAACCAAUCGUAGUAUUGAUUUGGAUAUGUUAUUAAUGCUUUUGGAAUCACGGCUUAAUUUAAACGAUUGUUUCUAUACGAAUCAUUUGAAUUGUUGUCAGCAGUGUGAAGUUGAUUUCAAAAAUGAUCCGAAUUUCUUGCCAAAAACGCGAAACAUGGUUGAGAAGUUUCUCAAUAAUGAAUUGUCGGAUGAGUUCUCUCAAAUUUUGUGCGAUUUUUUUAAGCCCAGUUUACCAACGGAUGCGAAAAUUUUAAAACUUCUUAUUGAAACUGGCGUAAAUAAUACCGAUACGCAGAACUCUUGCGAAUCAUCUCUAAUGUCCCCGGAAUUAUCGGAAAAAUCACAAAAUAUAGAUUUUGAAUUGGCGGAUCUUUUAAUUUCCAGUGAGCGAUCGUGCAUUUUGGAAACACAACGCCCGAAAAGCCCGUCAGAGAAAAGUGAACCUCAGCAGGAGAGUCAGGAAGACAACGCUUCCAGUACGCUUCAUCAACUUUCCGAUUCAAAUCGUAUCGAAUUACAUAAAGGCAAAGCAUUAAUACAUAUAUUGGCCAACGAUGGCAAUCAUCAUCUAUUGGAAAGAGCUUUAAAUGCCUGCAAAGGACCGAUCGACUUGGAAAUAGAAGAUUACAACGGUCAAACAGCUUUGAAUAUAGCAGCUCGCAAUGGUCAUUUGGAUGUCGUGAAAUUGCUUCUGGUUUUUUCGCAACCAUGCAACGACGGUACCGGUCGCAUGAAGCGUGUUGAUGUAAAUCAUGCUGAUCGUGACGGUUGGACACCUCUGCGUUCGGCUUCUUGGGGUGGCCAUACCGAAGUUGUUAAGCUGUUGAUAGCCCAUCCUGCUUGUAAAAUAGACUUAGCUGAUAAAGAAGGGCGCACUGCCUUACGAGCGGCGGCUUGGAGUGGUCAUGAAGACAUUUUAAAAAUACUCAUUGAAAAUGGUGCUGACGUCAAUUCGGUAGAUCGUCAGGGACGUACCUCUCUGAUAGCAGCCUCUUAUAUGGGUCACUAUGAUAUUGUUGAAAUUUUGUUAGAAAACGGUGCUAAUGUGAAUCAUCUAGAUUUAGAUGGUCGUAGUGCUCUUUGCGUGGCUGCCUUGUGUGGCUCCUCUGGUUACAGUAAAGUUAUAUCUACUUUACUGGAGCAUGGUGCCAAUACCGAUCAAUUAGAUAACGACGGUAUGUCACCGUUGUUAGUAAGCUCUUUCGAAGGCAAUGCUGAAGUGUGUGAAUUACUUUUGGAAAAUGGUGCUGAUCCAGAUUUAGCUGACUUCAUGGGACGCACACCCUUGUGGGCUGCUUGCACGGCAGGUCACGCCAAUGUUGUAAAACUUUUACUAUUUUGGGGUUGCGGAAUUGAUUGCAUGGACUCAGAAGGACGGACAGUUCUUAGCAUAGCAGCGGCUCAGGGUAACGUGGAAACAGUGCGCCAACUUUUAGAUCGCGGUCUUGACGAAACUCAUCGAGACAACGCUGGUUGGACACCUCUACACUAUGGCGCUUUCGAAGGAUUUCAUGAAGUAUGCUUGCAAUUGUUAGAGUCUGGAGCUAAAAUAGAUGAGUGCGAUAAUGAAGGAAAAACUGCUUUGCACUUGGCAGCGCAAGAGGGCCGUACACGAUGCGUACAAGUAUUAUUAGAAACACAUGCUGCUUUCGUCGAUCAAAAAGCGCAUGAUGGUAAAACUGCAUUUCGCUUGGCAUGUUUGGAAAGUCACUUAGAAACAGUUCAAUAUUUGCUAAAAUAUAACUGCGAUGUGAAUUCUAAGGAUGCUGACUCCCGUACCACUCUUUACAUAUUAGCAUUGGAAAAUAAGCUGGAUAUGGUUAAGUAUCUCUUAGAAUACACUGACGUUGAUGUUAAUAUACCUGAUAGUGAAGGUCGCACCGCCCUGCACGUAGCUGCCUGGCAAGGACAUUCGGAGAUGGUCAAAAUGCUUAUUACAUUGGGCAAUGCUGAUGUCAAUGCUAUGGAUCUAGAAGCGCGGACGCCCUUACACUCUUGUGCUUGGCAAGGAAAUCAUGAUGUUAUGAGUAUUUUAUUGUAUUUUGGAGCUUUAGCAGAUCAUGCUUGUAAGCAAGGGGCCACUGCUUUAGGUAUAUCAGCACAGGAAGGGCACGAAAAAUGCGUUAUUGCUUUACUUAAGUACGGUGCUAAUCCUUAUAAAUCCGAUCACUGCGGUCGAACGCCUAUAAAAUUGGCAGCAAAAUCCAAUCGCACAAAUAUCCUUAAAAUCUUUGAUAACUUAUCCAAAAGUGAACACAACAAUAUUCCCAUGGAGGGAAAAUAUCCUUUAACGAAUAUGGUGCGUACGCCAGAUCAACCCCCGUCAUUACCUGCUCAUGGGAACUUAGCCGGAGGUUUGGUGGGAGCAUCAGCUUUCCCUCCCCAUGCCUCAGCUUCCUCUGUAUGUUCAUCCACAACCACGGCUACUGUUAAUAAUAACAUGGCAAUAUCUAAUGCACUGAAUGCCUCUAGUUCAACGCAUAGCUCGAACAAUUUCUAUCAAAACACUAUGCAAUCCGAUACAAGUAGCUUGCACAAGCGUAAGAGUGUUAUUUCUAGUCAAUCCACAGGCAGCAGCAAUGAUCAAGCGCCUCUAACAUUUACUCAGCAGUUGCAGCGUCAAAGUAAACUAAACUCAAGGAACAAUCCGUUCGUGCAGAAUGCUCCUGUUGUUAAUUCUAGGAAUGCAGCAGGUUCUUCAGCUUUCUCAAUAGCUGCACACAAAACGGGUGCUCAUCAUAUGCAGAGGCAUUCCCAACUCCUACCCGAUCUCAAUGAACAUCAAAUCGCAACUAAUAUGGCCAGCAAUGAAGCUGAUCUAUACGAUAUGGAAUGCAUGUCACCUUUAUAUGCAACUCCGCCCCAUUCGCCUAGCAGCGAACUUAGCUCACCCGGUCAAUUGCCUUCGAUUAAUAAUAUCGACGAUUGCGCUGGCGCGGCAGCUAUUUUAACACCAAACGGUAGCAGUGGUAUGGGCAAUACUAGCAAUAAAUCAGCUUUACCUGAUAAUCAUUUCGCACGCGAUACGCAUAUGCGCAUUAUAUUGGGCAAUUUAAAAGAAAAUCAAGUUAGUUCAUCCAGUAAAAGUAAACGGAGCGGCAUUACUACAAAUCCAGCAAUGCGUUUAAUACGUAGUCGUUUUGAUUCGGCAGCACAAUUAAUACGACGUACCAAUAAUAUCUUAUCAAGUAGCAGUCAGGGAUCAUCUAGUAUUGGUGUCAAAUCUGGCACAUUUCAAUGGCGUAAAGAAAGUCAGAUGUAAAUGAAUCAUCAAUUUAAGAGAAAAUAAAUAGAUAACGGGCUAACAAUCCCAAAAUUGCUACUCAUUAUAUUUAUAUAAAAUAUUCAUCGGGAAGGUUUCCUUUUUAUUUUGUUUGGCCGUACAAUUGUUUAUGAACAUGACCUUGAAAAAUAUUAUAUCGAUAGCGAGGCGUACACAAAUUAAGUAAAUCAAAUUUUGAAAAAAAUA